AUGUUUCUUCUCGAUGCUGAUGAUACUAUUCAAUAUGUCUUUCUUAAUCAUAUUCAAGGAAAGAAAAGCUCAGAUGUCACAGGUCUAAACUUGACGAAUCAAGCAUUGCCAACUCAAACGAUUCCAAAGAAAAUUAGAGAUCACUUUCCAAACUUGAAAGUUCUUGAUUUGAAGAGUUCGUCUAUAAAUCAAAUAUCUCAGGAUGACAUCAGUCCUCUGCCAGCUCUACAAAUUUUGAUAUUGUGGAACAACUCAAUUAAGACUCUUGAUGGAAAUGUUUUUGCUCAAAACAUUAAUCUAAUCUACAUCGAUUUUGAAUCCAACGCAUUGACCAACACAGGAACUAAACUUUUAGCACCAUUGAUUUCUUUAAAGUAUGCAUAUUUUCAGAAUAACAUUUGCACAAACAGUUUUGCAAAUAAUGAUACAGCCAUCGAAAAGUUUAAGGUACAACUGUCAUCAAACUGUCCACCAAGUUUCGACAUGCUUAUUGGUGAAAUUUUGGAAAAUACCAUAUUUUUGAACAAAAUAACUUCAAUAAUCACCGAGCAAAUUAAUGCUCAACCUGAAGGUUAA